CCAUCCCAUCGUGAAGUCGAUCUCGCCGCUUUCUUCUUUUUUGGACUUGUGGGAAUUUCCAGCUGCAACCACCCCCAUCCAACUUCUACGGCCGACAUCCGCCAAGAUAGCCGGGCUUAUUUUUUGGACAACUCCGCCCACUCCAUUUCAUGGUCCUUCGAGCCGGAUAUCUAUCCUGAUCAGCGCCCCCCUUUGCGGAUUUUUCCAAGAUAAAACAACUUCAACAUAAUGGUGCCGCGUCCCCGCACAGCCCAGGAUUUGGAUAGCAGACGUACCCGAGGUAUUCAAUCCUACCGCUGCCGAGUCUGCCGGGGCAUCCAUCCUCUUCGGAAGUGCAAGAGGUUCCAGAAACUGAGCGCUGAGAAGCGCCUUCGGGCAGUGCUGAUUAAUAAGUACUGCUCGAAUUGCCUCGCCCACGAGCACUCAGGAGGGACCUGCCGAAGCACCGAGGGAUGCAAAACGUGCGGGGGGGAUCAUCACACCCUGCUCCACAUGCACGAGGCGGUGCCAUCAACCUCUCGUCCACGCACCGAACGCCGGCUCGCCAUCCCGUCCCAAGGGAACCAGCGCGUUCAGUGGCCCCCACUCCAUCUCUGA